CCCCAACACGACGUCAGUUCUCUUCAAUCCCGCUUGAUAAACUCCCCUUAAUUAAUCCCAUUUAUCAUCCCCCUCCAUUCACCCCAUUCACCCCCAUUUCCCCCUCCUUUUCUCCCCAACCUUCCGUUCAUGGCGAUCGUCCAUCCCAGGGCAUGGAAGAUAACGACGAUGAUUUCUUCUCCGACGAUGGCUUCGACGACAUCCCUCCCAGCACGUUGUUCCAAUUGGAGCAGAACGCCUAUCACGCCACUCAGGUCCAGAACCCCCAACAACAGCAAAAAGAACAGCAGCAGCCAUUCACCGACUCGGCCAAAACGCCACGGACCUUUUCCGACCUGAAUCGCGAUGCAGUUGCCGCCAACGCUAGUAUACAUACGGGAUUGAGCAACGACUACGAUGUUUGGGACAUAGGAGAACUGGAUGCCGAGGUUCUGGACGAUGGUGUACCUAUUCAACCGAAUGCUGCGCUGGAUCAAUCUGCGACUUUUUCUGCUUCGGUUCAGCAUCAGCAAAAUGAUGCUUCUGCAGGCGAAGAUAACUACGGGGAUCUUCCAGACCCCAUGGAGGUCGAAGAAGAAGGCACUUCGCGUUUCCCCGAACUCCACAAUGCCUACGCAGAACUCAGUGAAAAGCUGGCGUUGGAGACCGCACGACACCAGCAAAUGGCAGAAGAGCUGGUUGCAGCCAAAUCCAUGGCUGAAACCAAAACCGGGGAGAUCGCUAUUAUCCGGGCCAACCAGGCCAAAUUAACAGCAAACUAUGACCGCCAAUUGGCAGCAUUGCGAAAGGCGCUGGAGGAUGAGGAAGCGAGACACGAGGAGGAGGUCGCGGCUGCUCGUGCAGAGGGCAAGAUGUUCGCCACGGAAAAUGCCUUUCUUAGGCAAGACUUGGCUGAAGAGUCCAUGCGCGCCAAUCAGUUGAAGGCAAAAGGCCGAGCAAAGGAGGAAGCACCGCCAAUGACACCAAAAAAGACCAAGGUUUUGCCUUUCCGUGACGGCUUCGACGACGAUGAAAUUCUUGCGGUCUCUCCCAGCAAGUUGGCCCGUUCCAAGCGCGCUACACCAGUGGUUCCGGGGAAAAGAAAAAGGCAGCUCAGUCAGGACAGCCCGACACCGUUGCAGUUCAGCCCGCAAGUGGAGCCUAAUCCGGUCGAAUAUGCUGAAGAUCUGUCGGACGAUGCAAUGCUAGAUGCUGGACCCGAUCAAGCCCAACUCAAGGAGGCUCCCGGCAUUGUGGACUUGAGCAUCGUCAAACGUCUUUUGAACCACAGGUCUUCGUCAGAUGAAAAGCCCGACAUCGAGGUCAUGGCUGGGCUGGCGUUCCCAUCAGAGUCGCAGCGCAUGCUGUCCACCAUUCUUUUGGAGACAACUAACAACCUUGACUUGGGAAAUUACAUGGUGGAAUACGCGCGCGCUAUCAUAUCCCUGUGGUCGCGCGCAUUGGAAGAGAAGUACUUCCAGCCUAUCCCGAUGUUCUUGUCAAUUAUGCAACACCUCAUUUCCGAGGACCUACAAACUCUUGACUCCGACUUGUACAAGCAUCUGGUGCCGGUUUUGCAAGUUUCUGCAGAAGUCAAUGCGGUUCCCCGUUUCCACAACUCCCCCGUCUCGGGACCAAAUCUAGGCCGGGCGCGAAAGACCCCAUUGUCGGAACUAGAGCCACUGGUCGACUCGACAGAGGUUCUAGGUCUGUUAUAUGAUAUGGCAUGCAUCCGUCUACAUGUGGAGCAGGAUAUGAUUGAACUCUGGCGGCCUAUUCGCUACGACUUCGUCCUGACGAUGCUGAAUUGCUCGCAGCCCAUUGAUGACAUAGUCCUAAUGCUAAGCCUGUUGUCGACUAGCAUCCGCUCCGACUCGUUCGGCCCCGUCCAGGAAUCCGAGGAAGUUCAGAACAUCAUCGAAAAUUACAUCGUGGAUCGCGUCGCCAAUCUUCUCAGUGAGCAACCACUACUGGACGAAGGACAGGAGCCGUACAUGCCGUAUGAGAUCUGCAGCAUGCGGCAGGAAGCAUUAGCCUUCCUCACGAGCGUUGCCUUCAAUCCUCGGAUAUCCGACAGUACGCACGGCAGCAUGAUCUUGGCAUCCCACCCAACAGCGCUGGCCCGGUUAAUCCGCGUGGCACACGAUGAGCUGGACGCUCUCUACACCCUACCACCUGAGAAAGAUCUCCACGCAGCAUUGGUUAAUGGACUGAUAUGUCUAGUUCACGGAGUGACCCAGCGACAUCGAGAGCAGGCGGAUUUGCAGUCCAAACUGUGCCGAGUGCCUGGCGGGAAGCAGAAAUUCCUCGUGGUUUUGACACGACUGGCGUUCAGCGAAGGGCUAGUGCUAGAAGCAGGGAUCGAUGAUGCCACGGUCGAAAUGGCCCAUACGAUCCUCGAUGAUGCUGUGACGCCCCAGGAAGCCGAAGCGCUGCUCGAGGCGUUUCCAAACGCCAAAAGGAGUGAGGAGGAGCCGUCAAGCGAGGACUAAUUUGACCGCAUUAAUGUUCGCAUCCAACUGGUGUUUGGACACGGAAGGUCUCCAGUAAUAAUGAUGAUACCAACGAAGCAUAGCAGACAUGAUAUACGACUUAAUCUUCUUCAUGUUUAUUUUAUUAUAUACCUUAGCCACUAGAAAUAGAGGAUGGUGUUACUACUUG